CAGUAAAGGGGUUUGGCGUGGCAGGGAGGGGCCCAGGAGUUCACCCGUGGGACGGGGUUGUGUGAAGAAGUGAUAGUGAAGAAGGUCGUUGAAGGGGGCAAAGGGAGGCAAGUUGGGAUCGAGAAGUCGUCUCUGUGGGACGCAGGCCGCAAGUGAGUAGAAGUUAGGUGAGGGCGGCUGCGGUCACUGCCGGGGCCAGGAGGCCCGUGGGGCCAUGGCUAAGCAGGGAAGGCCCCCGAGCGCAGCCGGGGGGUAGGCUAGUAGCAGGGCUGAGCCCGAGGGAGGCCUGCAGCCGGCCAUGGCCCGGCGGCGGCGCCGCGCUUGCAUCGCGCUCUUCCUGGUUCUGCUCUUCGCCUUUGGCACCCUAAUGGGACUGCGCACUUUGAAGGCGCCCGAUGGGCUCCCAGAGCUCGCCCCGGGACUGGAGCUGGGCCCAUUUGAGCGCCGUGCCCCCGUGCCCGCCGGGCCUCCAGCAGCAGAGGCGGAGGCCGCCCGUGCUCCGCAGCCGCCUCCCCCUGCGCCGCCGCGCACAGCUGCGGGGCCGAGCCCUGCCCCGGCUCCUGUUCCUGCCCCAGGAGCUGGCCCUCCUGUCUACUCAGACCUGCACGUCUUCUACUAUUCGUGGUAUGGCAGUCCACGGGGCCGGGAGGGCCGCUAUGUGCACUGGGACCACGUUAUGGUGCCGCACUGGGACCCUAAAGUGUCUGCCAGCUACCCCAAGGGCCGCCAUAGCCCCCCGGAUGAUCUGGGCUCCAGCUUCUACCCUGAGCUGGGACCCUACAGCUCCAGGGAUCCCGAGGUCUUGCGGGAGCAUAUGAACCAGCUCAAAGCUGCUGCCAUCGGGGUCCUGGUCCUGUCCUGGUACCCACCAGGCAUGGCUGAUGACAAUGGGGAACCCUCAGAUGAUCUAGUACCUGCUAUUCUUGAUACUGCACAUCAGUAUAGCAUCAAGGUGGCUUUUCACAUACAGCCCUACAAGGGUAGGGAUGACCGGACGCUUCAUGACAAUGUCAAGUACAUCAUUGAUACGUACGGAUCCCAUGGGGCAUUUUAUCGCUACAAAAACAGCAUGGGCAGGAGCCUGCCACUCUUCUACAUCUAUGACUCAUACCUUACCCCACCUGAGGCUUGGGCCCACCUCCUCACCCCCUCGGGAUCCCACUCAAUCAGAAACACUCCCUAUGACGGGGUGUUCAUCGCCCUACUGGUGGAAGAGGGGCACAAGCGUGACAUCUUGUCUGCUGGCUUUGAUGGCAUGUAUACAUACUUUGCCUCCAAUGGAUUCUCCUUUGGCUCCUCCCAUCAGAACUGGAAGGCAGUCAAGACUUUCUGUGAUGCCAACAAUCUGAUGUUCAUUCCGAGCGUGGGACCAGGCUAUAUUGACACUAGCAUCAGGCCCUGGAACAACCACAAUACCCGGAACCGGGUCAAUGGCAAGUACUACGAGACAGCCCUGCAGGCAGCCCUCACAGUGAGGCCAGAGAUUGUCUCCAUCACUUCCUUUAAUGAGUGGCAUGAAGGGACCCAGAUUGAGAAGGCCAUCCCCAAGAAGACCCUCACGAGGCUCUACCUGGACUACCUGCCCCACCAGCCUAACUUGUACCUGCAGCUGACUCGGCGAUGGGCUGAGCAUUUCAUUAAAGAGAAGGAACAAUGGUUGAUGUGACUGGAUCAGCAGACUCAAGUGAGGGGAAUGAAGGAUGUUUGGAAAGGAGUCCGACUGUGGCACAACUGAAUGAGGCCACAGACACCUUCAUCUCUAAGCUAGGAGCGCAGGUGCUCCUGGGUGUUGCCUUUUGUUACUAGGUCAGAUGUGGAGAAUGAAAGAAUCAAGCCCCUGAGGUUGGGAUAGCGUGGUGGAUUGUCUGCAGCAAAGACCAAUCCAUUGAGUAGCAGUUCACAGUGGAGGGGAGGAAAGACAGUCUUACAGGUAUCUGAGUCAGUGGCCCAGCAUUAGGACACUCAGUGACACUCCAAAAGCCUUUCUAGACUUGAGCGUGGCUACACAAGGUCAGCAUAGAACGGGGGAACAUUUGUGACAUUUCCCAAACAGCUCUGCUCCCAGGGCAGGGUUGGGGCUCAGCAUGUACCGGACCCCCUUCUCAAGUCCCACCCCCUUCCCAUGCCAUGCCCCACUCUCCCAGAGGACGGACAUAGAAAUCAUUGUCGGCCUCCUCCCAGCUUCUCCAUAGAGUAUGACUGAUGGCCAGAAAUCCGUUAGAGAAGGAAUCUGGGCAAAGGGUUUUCUGUAAAGGCAGGGGCAAAACUGGGGGCUGUCCGUUCCUGAAGUUUGCUGAGCCUGGAGGUGGAUUAGAGGGAAUCCUGUCUUGCUUCCUGUGCCCUGAAUGAGUCGUCUAAUGACUCAGAACUCCUCCUCUUCGGUAACAACACAAAAACCUGUUCUUCAGGGGAGUCACCUGGCUUGCAGAGUCCUACAAGUUGUCGGGACAGUACUGAGAGACAGUAGUAAUGGUUCUCUUGGGUGACUCCACUUCACACAUCCCUCUUUGCAAAAAGUAAUGAACCCCACCCAGUAGAGCCACUUUUCAGUGCUACUGUGAUUUGUAUUAACUAAAUAAAUGUCAAGUGCUCUCUUUUCUAGUC